CAGCAUCCCGACGUCGCUUACCGCACAGUCUCAGCUACGCGUCGGGAAGUGAUUGAAAGUGCCGCCGUGCGCCCGUUGGUUCAGUGUUGAAGGAUACGCGUUUUACCAGCAGGUGCAGCAGGCGAUGUCCCACCUGCGGCCCCAGCUGCUCCUUUUGGGCCUCUUCCUGCUCAGCAAAGAAUCCUCGUCGCUCAAAUCUAUGGUGAUUAAGGUGCCGGAAGCGGUCCGGGCGGGCGACAGCGUCACUCUGUCCUGCCAGUACGACCUGGAGGACGUCGCCCUCUACUCAAUCAAAUGGUACUGGAAUGAGGAGGAGUUCUAUCGGUACAUCCCGAAGGAUUUGCCGCCCUACAAGUCGUUCCCCAUGCGCUUCAUCAAUGUGGACCUGUCAACGUCAGGCGAGCAGAAUGUGACGUUGCGUCACGUGCAAAGACAGUUGACGGGCGAUUACAAGUGCGAAGUUUCGUCCGAUGGGCCGCUGUUUCACACGGAGAUCCGAGUGGCGCACUUGAUAGUAGCAGACCUGCCAUUGGACGAUCCGGUGCUGAACAUUCGCGACACCAAAGUGGAGGUGGGCAAACCGAUCAGGUUGGAGUGCACGCAGUCUGGCUCGCAUCCGGCGGCCAACAUCAGCUGGUUCAUCAACAACAAACAGGUCAGCGACAAUUCGGACUUCAUUUCGAUUCAGGCGACCGAAGUGGGGCGGGAUGAAGGCGACUUGCAGUCGGCCCGAUCGAGAAUCUCGAUCCUCACCAAUAAAUCGCACUUUAAUCAGAGCGCGAUGACGAUCCGAUGCGAGGCCUCGAUCUACAAGAUCUGGAAACGAUCAGUGGAGAGCACGAUCAGAGACGAUUCGCCGAAAUUGGCGCAGGUGUUGGGCUCCACUCUGUCGCAGAGCCAAAAGGAUCCGAUUUUAGAACCGGCAAACAGCGCCCCCUGGACGACACGCCACGCCCACUGGACAGUGUUGCUCGGUUUGGUGUGCGCAACAGUGGCAUGCCGAUGACUCGAGUGAACGCGUAGUGAGUUGGUGAACUGCAGUGCUUCAACCCAUCGCUAGAGGGCGGUGCAUGCGACAGACGUGCCACUGUCAUUUAAGCGACUGUCAAAACCUGCAUUGUUAACCUUAACCUAAAAAAAAUCAAAAUAAAAUGACACAACGAAGUUCAGUAUGCACCGUCUUCGGGCUGGGCUGUUGAGUUUGUUUGGUCCCUUCCUGCCACCGUAUUAAUGGAAAUUCGGGCAAUAAUACUCAGUUACUAUCGUAAAUGUUCCCCACAUUGUAAAAAAAUAGCCUUAGGGUGUAUACACAGAUGUGAUCGAUGUAUAUAUGUAAAGACUAUUACAUGGUUGUAUUCCUUUGCCGCUAGGGGGCGUGAGCAGCGUGGAAAGGGGCGGGGUCUAGGUUCACCUAGCAACCUCGGUUGUUUGGCUUGGGUUGCCAGGGGCGUUGCUAGGAGUCUGUCACACGUCAACCGAUGACAUUCCGUGUCCCUUUCAGCGACAUCUCACCGCUCGCUCGCAAACUAAUUGAUGUACAGGGGAUUUUCCGUAGAUGUUAAGACUGUAAAUGGCUCAAAUAACGAAAAACGAAUAACACUAUUCCUAAACCCCCUUGAAAAAAAUUUAGAAAACGAAUAUUAUGGAAAACACUUCGUCAAUAUUUAGAAACUAAACGUUUAUCUGAAUGUUUGUUGUUAAAUCUGGUGUACUGGUUAAUUGAUGAAUAAAGAUUUCUAUAGAAA